AUGAUCGUAGGGUCGCAUAAUUUGAUUCGUCGUACCGUAGAUCCUGCAGCGGCAAAUAUGCUGGCGAUGGAAUACAGUCCUGAUCUGGGAUCAUUGGAUGAUUCAUGGGCUCAAAAAUGCAAAGAUGAUGACCAUACAAUGUACCAGAAUACCAGUCGAAAUAUCUAUCUAAGUUUCGGUCUACCUACAGAGCAUUUUCCGUAUGCUAUCGGCAAGUGGUCCUCGGAAAAGAGGUUCUACAAUUUCCAACUUAACUCCUGUGAACACUACAUGAGAGUUAUUUAG